CAAAGGAAUGCAGUACUGACGACAAUAACAAAAGGCAGAAUUCUGAUCGGAUAUCCAGCUGAAAAUGAGUAAAGGACACGAUGCUCCCGUGUUCCGUUUCAACAAAGAAGAUGACUCAUUAGAGACGUUGAUUACAACACCUUCAAAGAUCGAGGAGGUAUCAACAUCAAGUUCGACAUCAACUUCAAACACAAAGAAAAGUUUUUUCAAAGAUAAUUUUCACAAGUCGUACAGCGUGGAUGAUGAGUCAACAGCGAUCACACCGAAUAAUGCCAAGGAAACGAAAACGUGGCGCAUGAUAAAGGACAAAGUAGCGCAAGCUGUCGAAGAUUACAAAUCGAAUCGCAGUGUGAAAGACGAAGACUCCGACUUGGAAGACAUUUCGGAAGCAUCUCUCAAGACUGAAAACAUGCCAAAUAUCUCAGAUACUGCAGAUAGUUCGUCGCUUCUCGGGAAACAUCUCUCAUCGCUCAGGAAUAAAAAGAAAGCUGUGUUUUCGAAAUUGUCAAAGAGCAAAGAAUCGUCGCCCGCCAAGACACUCCAGCAAAAACUCACGAAAAAUGAUGUACUUAAUGAUUUGGGGAAAACGACCCAAGUUGAUGUCGAGUCGGGCGUCGAAGUUGUCGAAGAUAUGAUUUUUGUUCCCUCAAUUAGUGUUAAUGACAACGACGUUGCACCCAAUGAACUAAGUUUGCAACAAGAAAUGCAGUUAUUGGAUGCACUGAGAUCUGAAACGGCAAAAAAUCCUCCUGUGACAAUGAAUAUCGAAACAAAAACACAAAAAACGUUCGAUAUUUUGGUGCGAAUUUUCACGAAAGAAUCUUUUAUGUUUGCCUUGCUUGCCGUUAUCGUAACGCUGAUCCUCAAGUUGUCGCUCUUUUGGCAAGGUGCCUUCACAACAGGUUUCCUCAUGUUACUCUACCAUAAUUUCUGUGACUAUUUACGCGAAUCAGUAUUAAACAAGACGACAGAGAGUAAAUUUUCGCUGUUGAACAAAUUCCAAAGUACUUACAACAUUCCAUUUGUCGGGAAAGACGUCAUUGAGGAACAUCGCCCAAUCAAAAGUUAUCGCGGAUGGAUGAACAUCAUCGACAAAUACGAUCCCGAAACGUAUUCCGUAUCGCAAACACAAUCAAUUUACAUGAAACUCGAUGGAUCUUCGUUGCGGAUCUCCUACACAAAAUCCAAAAUCUCCAAACGUCAUUUGUGGAACGAGUCAACGAAGAAAAGUUAUCCGAAAAACUUCACACAUCAAAAGUUUUUCGAACUUAAAGGAGCUACCGUCGAAUUAUGGCCUCGAGGACUUGCACGUAAACGAUACUACAGUCGAAAAUAUCCCAUAAGAGUUGUUUUAGUGCCCGAACAACAAAUCGAGAGCAACAAAAAUACGCCGACAAACGACUUAAUUGACACGGAUUUGGAGUUUAAGGAUUGCACGGAUGACGAACCUGAAGUACUUUAUUUAUUUGCGCGGUGUGAUCGUGAAAAAGAAGAUUGGUUCAGACAACUCAGGGCUGCCAGUAUCGGAGACAUCAACGAUCCAAGCGGCGAAUAUCAAGUAAAAUCCAAAAAUAGUUCGCGAAACAGCAGUUUUCCUCCAACUCCGACAAAAGAACCUGAAUCUGAAACAAAAAAACGAAAUAGUAGUGACUCGAAUAGCAUGAAGGAAUUGGAAGGAGACGAUUUUGAGAAAAUUGAACGUGAAGCAUUUACCUUUGAGUCGAUGAUUCAACCGUGUGCAGCAAGAACUUCAGCUGAAUUCCUUCAAUUUAUUAAAGCAUAUGUGCGAAAACCAUCAAAAGUGACGGAAAAUGACACAUGUUCAUCUUUUGAUCCCUCACAACCGCUUGCCAGUGAAGGUUUUUGGAUUAAUUUAGUUCUCGGAAGAUUUUUGUACGGAAUUAUGCACGACAAGACAAUUAUGGAUGAGAUUCACACAUUUUUCCAACGGAAAUUGAGUGCUAUUAAGUUACCCAAUUUCAUGGAAGAAGUCUGUAUCCAAGAGAUAAAUCUCCGCAGUGACACACCUCCGAUCAUUCACAAAAUCUACACUCCAUACGUUGACGAACGCGGCAUUUGGUUAGAUGCUGACUUAUCGUAUGAAGGUCUUGUUCACGCCACAAUUUCGACAAAAUUGAAUUUGAUGCGGCUCAAAAUCAAGCAGGAAAGUGACAAAGAAGAUGCUCUCGACAAACAAUAUUCCAAAAGUGCUCCGGUCGAAACGAUUUACGACAGUGAUGCUGAAAGCGAGUCAAGUUCAAGCUCAGAUGAUGAUACGUCGUCGGCAACAAAUGACACAAAUGUUGCUGUUGAGUCAACAGUUUCGGGAAGCCCAUCAUCUUCAACGGCACCUGCAAAUAAGAAACGUUUGUUACGCAUCGUGAACCAAAUUACGACUUCAAAUUUGUUUCAAUCCGCUACGGAAAUCCCGUAUAUUCAACGUGCAAUGGAAAAUAUGAGCAAAAAUAUCAAAUUACGAGUAGAAUUAAAGGGAAUUGUUGCACGAGUUGUUAUAAAUUUACCGUCGCCGCCUUCAGAUCGUCUUUGGAUGGGCUUCCGUGAACCUCCUCGAUUAUUCAUGUCGGCAAAACCGACAAUUGGCGAGUCACUUUUCGAUUGGAAUAUCGUAACAUCCGCAAUUGAGAACAAACUUUGUGAUGAAAUUUACAAACAAAUGGUCUAUCCGAACCUAAUUGACGUGAUUAUCGCGACUCUCGGACAACCAACAUACAAAGAAUGAAAGAAUUCGUUGAACAUUUCUUAUUUUAGUGAAUUAUUUAUUGUUUUAUUAAUUUUUAUUUAUAUUUACAGAAAAUUAUAUUUUGUUUUACAUCUAUGGUAGAAAUUAAGAGAUACAUGUUGUUAUAAAAAUAGAAAAAAAAAUUGUAACGAAGUAGUUAAAAAAAAAUAUGUGUAAGAAAACAACAACAAAAAACCUGCCGAUGAAAAUUAAUGUCUUAUGAACCACCAACAAAAAAAAAACUUUAUGUAAAUGUGCUAAAUUUUCCCUAUUUUAAACAAAUCGUUAGUAUUUUUGUGUAUGAAAAACUGCUUUAAGAAGAAAAUAAUUUCUGAAAAACGGGAGCUUUCUUGAGAGUAGAAAUUGUUGUUACCUCAAUAAAAUUUGUAACUGAUGUGCUGAUUAAAGUUGGAGAAAAACAAAGUUUUCAAAAACGGUUUUAAAAUGUUAGUUUAGAAUAACUAUUAAGAAAAUUAUUAAAAAAAAUACA